CAACUCUGCAAUGGCUGGUGCGCGAGUGAUGAUGCGAGGCUUGCGGCAAGUCACCAUGCGAUCAGCGGCGCACGUGGGUCCAUGUCGUUCAUAUCAAGCGGUGCUAUCGAAGACCCCACAUCUCUUCUUUGGCCUGCCGUCGAUGACGCCGCUCCAACGCCGGUGCUUCUCCUCAGAUCCGUCGGCCACGGAAGGGACUGCCGUGCCUACCAUCUCGGACGCGGACUUUGCUCGCUACAGCGAAGCCACGCUCAACGAGAUCCUCGAAAGGUUGGAUGGCAUUGAGGCUAUCUUGCCUGAUGCGGACAUCACUCUGUCGCAAGGGGUGCUGACCAUCAACUUGGGCGAGGACGGCACGUGGGUGCUAAACAAGCAAGGCCCGAACAAACAAAUCUGGUGGUCGUCGCCCAUCAGCGGCCCCAAGCGGUUCGAAUUCGACGCGCGGCAGAACAAAUGGUUCAACACGCGCGACAAGGACGUCGAGCUGGUCGAGCUCUUGUCCGUCGAAAUCGAAGAACUCACGGGCAUCAUUGUCAUCACCGAGUAAAUAGCCGCCAUCUACCCCCGAUGCAAUGUGCCUGCCUAGCUGCUGUUGCUCCUGUAGCUUUCCCACACUCUUAUAACGCCACGUCUACCAUAUUUCACUUUCGAGUGUUCUUGUCCGC